AAGGAUCCGUUUCUAAAGACACUACAGGUACGGUAUGUUCCUCCUAAUGUCAAACCUCAAAAUCAUGCAUGCUUUUCUCAACAAAUGCAUCAAAUAUUCCGUCGGGUUCACCUACGCCAGUCCUCGUCCCGCCGAGCACUAGGUAUUACAUUAAAUCUUACCCGAAGACAAUUGAUCGCAUAGCAUCAGUUUGCAGCGCGUUGAAACAAGAGAAUUACCUAUCCAACUGGGGAGGCUAGAAGCGGCUGACAUCUGGGGCAGUGCUGCAGUCGAAUAGUGUAAAGCUGCCUCCAAAAGGUAAACUUCCAAUCCCCAAAUCGAAUGGAUACCAUCCCUUCCACUCCACCACCCUGUCUCGUCGAUGAUAGGCGCUCCAUCGUAGAGAUCAUAGUCAAGUAUUUUGUCGUCCAUCUCACCACCAUUGCCGCGUUCGCCCAUUCUCCGUCAAGAGGCCGUGGUCGGAUGGAAACUGGUCUACUACGUCCUUGCGCCCGGGCAUUUCUCUUUCAGCAUAUCGCGGGCCUUGCUGCCAUCGUUGCCAUCGCGCUCUACAAUGCUUUUCUACCCCGACAUCAGCGAACCGAUGUCUGGGAAGUGGUGCAUUGCCUAUUUGGGAUCGUGGACGAUGAUUCCCAUGACGACCGACAUGCCGACGAUGGUCAACGGUUCUGGAAACGAUUCGGAGAGCCGCUGCUGGCAAUCGGCUUCUUGACGCAAUGCUCGAGUAGCGUCUAUCUGUAUUCGCGUCGGCUCGCGUUCGCCCCCGACUCGUUGACGAUUGCGGAUCAGAAAGUGUUUGAGCUCGCGAGCAGCGGGCUUUUUGCGGGUUUUACGUGGCUGGCGUUGAAGGCCAACUUGAAGCCGUUCUCAGGAGCCGUACCCUGGAGGUUCCUGGACUGGACGCAUGAAUUUUAGGCAGGCAUCACAGACAGUAUCCUGCGCCUACACCAUCGUCGGUUCUGACGAAACUGGAAGUCCUGGUCUGUUUGGCUCGUGACAUGAGCAUCGUAUCACGGCUCCAAUAUCAAAUUGGCCCCUAC